AUGGUCAUGUAUACGCGAAGAUGGGACGGCGUUGCCGCUCUCCCCGUUCUCGAGGAUCCAAGCGAAGAGCAGCGCUUGGAGAGGGAACUGCAGCUAAGCGACAUCAACGUCGACAAAGCUCGUUUAGAGCAAGAUCUGCCCGCGAAGAGAUCGGCCAGGCGGGCUCAAGAAGAGUUCGGGCAGUGGUCCAACCGGAUUUCCAAUAUGAAGGGACCGGCUUUCCAGGCCUGCUUUGGGAGGAAGAAGACCGCAGAUGCGGUGAGGGAGGUGGUGAGGGAGAGGGAAGAGGAGCUCGCGAGGGAUGAGCUUGCAGUGGUGGCUUCCAAGAAGCGGAAGAGUGCGCUUGCGGCAGAGAAAACAUCUUCAAAGAAGAUCAAGACAACGGCCGCGGUGCAGAGCGAGCCAACUCCGUCUGUGGCUUCGACGCCUGCCAGCAUUCCGGCUGCUGAGCCGGCUCAAGACCUGGAGAUGGAUCUUGAUGCGGAGGGAGAGACUGACGACGAGGAUGAUGAGCUCUCCCAGCUCAUCCUGAAGGGCUUCGAAGAGGAGGAGCCGGCUGCUGACGAUUCAGAAACACCCGCUCUCGCAACCUCGGAGGAUCCCGAGGCUUCUUCACGAAAAGAGGAAUCUCCUGACGAAAAGAUCUCGGAGCAUGCCACAGCUCUGAUCUCUAUUCUCAACUUGGCACCGCGGGAAGAAAAUACCGUGACUGAGUUUAAAGAUGAGGUCAAGAGAGUUCUUGAGGCUUCGUCAAAGGACGAGGCUACCUCGGAGCAGGACACAGCUCCCGCAUCACCUCUUGCGACACCACAGCAAGACAGUGCUGUGGCAAUUGUAGAAGAGCAUGAGGAAGAAGAAGUGGAGGACGACCUCGACGACCUCUUCGAUGACAACGAAAACGUCCCUGGGCAAGUGGCCACUCCAGCCAUGGAAUGCACUCCUCAAGCAGAAGCCAUCCCAGAAGAGCUCGCCGCCACAGCGUCCGCAGACUGGGAGCUCGUCGAAGCCGGCAUCCACUACGCCGCGGUGCUAGCCAAGAAGCAGGCCGAGAUCACUCAGCUGGAGCAGAGUAUCACCAACGGCGUGACGCACCGCAACCUCCUUUUCAGGGCCAGAGCAGAGAAGAGCCGCUCUACCAACGAGGCCAAGUUGCGCGAAUUGAAGGACGAGUACGUGGUCCUGGAGCAGCUGUCGAGGGACGAGGUGUUUCAGAUGUGGGAGGCAGCCAAUGCUGAUGCCAUUCAACGGCGUCGCCAGUAUAAUGCCGAGAAGGCCGUGAAGUCGGUUCCUAAGAAGAAGGAGGCCGGGUCGUGUGGUGGGUCGAAGAUGAAUUGGUGA